AGAGGUGGCGAGAGAAAGAGACCGAGGAGAGAGAGAAAGAGAUAGAAGAAUAAUUCGCGACAUGACAUCGUACCUUUCGUGAAUUGCGAAAUUCCAAAAAGAAUACGAAUCCUCUGAUACGAUUAUUAAUUUCGUAUCGGUUUCGUGCACCCGAGUGGACUAUUAUCGUUUACGAAAGAAUCGUUCUCGUUGAUCGAGACAAACGAUUGGAAUUUGUCGGCUGAAACCUUAGCAAAAUCAUGCUGUCAUGCGAUUUAUUGAAUAUAAUGUAGGUAUAGUUUAUUCAAACAAGGCCUUUAGGGUAUAAUUAUAUUUAAUGUCAGUGAAUGAGUUGGAUGAUUGUUAUUGGUGGUGUGAUUAUUGGACCAAGAGGUAUUGAGACAAUUGGAAUAUAGCAAAGAGCACGCAAAAUGACGAUCGCCACAAGAGGCCAAGGAGUAGGCAUAGACCCUCCUGACAGCCAGCAAAGUACACAGAUGCAUAGUCCACCUGGUCCACAGCAGUUAGCUGACACAAUGUCAGGACUUCAACUCACGGAGAAUGCGGUACAAACAGAAUGCACCAAUGAUACAUUAUCUACAGUAGAGGAUAGUAACCAGCUUCACAGGGAGCCUGAUUUUCCUGUCGCAAAACUCAAUAUGCUUCAUGAAAAAAUAUCUAGUCCACGAUGGGUUGUACCAGUUCUACCAGAUCAAGAGUUAGAGUGCCUGUUACAAGCCAGUAUCGAUCUUUGUAAAAAAGGAAUUGAUGUACAAAGUGAAGCAUGUCAGCGCUUUUUUCGCGAAGGGCUCACAAUUUCUUUUACCAAAAUACUGACUGAUGAUGCAGUAAAUAGUUGGAAAUUAAAUAUUCAUAAUUGUAUUAAUGCAAAUUGUGAGCGGUUAGUGGAACUAUGUGUCUUGAAAUUGGAGGAGGACUGGUUUCCUCUUCUUGAUUUGCUAGCAAUGGUUUUUAAUCCUAGUAACAAAUUUCACACAUUUAAUGCUGCAAGAGUUUCGGAAACUGUUCCCCCUGGCAGCGAUAUUCCCGAUGAAGAACUUUAUGCACGGCCACCUGCUGAUUCAAGAAGUCCUCGUGGUUGGCUAGUGGAUCUUAUAAAUAGGUUUGGAAGUCUUAAUGGAUUUGAAAUUUUGCUCUCUAGAUUUCAGAGCGGUCGAAAUUUAACAGUACCAGUUAUUUAUGCAUUGAUUAGACCUUUUGGUUUAUGUUAUGAAUUGCUUACAGUUCACACGAUUGUUAAAUAUCUAAUGCCUAUCGUGGAAAUGAUAUCUAUAAUUUUGAAUAAUUUGACCGACGAACAAUUAAAGAAGGAAGCGAAAAAUGAAUCAAAAAAUGAUGCAAUAUCAGCCAUAAUCAAAGCAGCUAAAUGUUUAGUAUCUCGAGUACCACAUCAAGAUGAAAUGAUUAAAAAUUUGGGAAUUUUGCGAUUAAAAAUGAUUUUAAGACUUUUACAAAUCUCUUCAUUUAACGGGAAAAUGAAUGCAUUAAAUGAAGUGAAUAAAGUAAUCACCACUGUUAGUUUUUAUCAGCAUCGAAAUGCGAUUGUUGAAGAAGAAGAAUGGCUUACUGCGGAAUGUAUGGCUAAAUGGAUAAAAGAGAACGGAGUAUUAGAGAUCGUCUUAAGAGAUUCGUUACAUCAGCCUCAAUACGUUGAAAAGUUAGAAAAGAUUUUACGCUUUAUUAUAAAAGAACGAGCAUUAACUUUAGACGAUUUGGACGCUGUUUGGGCGGCGCAAGCUGGGAAGCACGAAGCAAUUGUAAAAAAUGUUCAUGACUUACUUGCUAAACUUGCUUGGGAUUUUAGUCCUGAACAACUGGACCACUUGUUCGAACGCUUUCAGAUGAGUUGGAAGACUGCUAAUAAGAAACAAAGAGAAAAGUUAUUAGAAUUAAUUCGGAGACUAGCAGAAGAUGAUAAGGAUGGAGUAAUGGCACAUAAGGUCUUAACUCUUUUUUGGAAUUUGGCUCAUUCCGAUGAAGUACCUACAGAAAUCAUGGAUCAAGCUUUAAAGGCUCAUGUAAAAAUUCUGGAUUAUUCGUGCUCACAAGAAAGAGAUGCUCAGAAAACAAUUUGGUUGGACAAAUGCGUGGAAGAAUUAAAAAAUGGCGAUAAAUGGGCUUUACCUGCGUUGAAACUAAUUCGAGAUAUAUGUUGCCUUUACGAACUAAAUCCACAUAUUUCAUGUCACAAUCAGCGUAAUCAUCAUUACCGGCAAGAUGUUAUAGAACGGCUUCAAGCGCAACACUCAGCAGUAAUUUUAGUGACAAAUAGUUUAACGAAUUACAUGAAUAAAAUGAGACAGUUAGUUAAAGAAAAUCCGGACAUUGAUGUGAAUACUUAUAUGCCCGAUGGACGCUAUAAUCACAUUAUGCAAGUGCAAGAAAGGCUUUAUUUCUUACGUUUCUUGUUAAAGGAUGGUCAGCUUUGGUUAUGCGCAGACCAAGCUGAACAAAUUUGGCAAUGUUUAGCAGAGCAAGGUGUAUUUGUUUCCGACCGUGAAGCAUGCUUCAAGUGGUUUUCGAAAUUAAUGGGGGAUGAACCAGAUCUUGAUCCAGCAAUAAACAAAGAUUUUUUCCAAAAUAAUAUAUUGCAACUGGAUCCGACAUUACUCACGGAAAGUGGUAUCAAGUGCUACGAACGAUUUUUCAAAGCUGUUAAUUCUAAGGAGGGGAAAUUAAAAUUGAAAAAAGGAACGUUUCUUAUGGAUGACGUUGACCUAAUUGGUACAGAAUACUUGUGGCGAGUUGUAACCAACAGUCCUGAAGAGAUUGCGAAUCGAGCCAUAGAACUAUUAAAAGAAGUAAAUACUAAUUUAGGACCACGACUUCAGUCAUCGGUUUUGGCGUUUCAUGUAACAUAUAUAGGGGAAUGUAUGGAUAGAUUGAAAGCACAUUAUGACACGGUGUCUGUUUUAAGUAAAGUAUGCCUCGAAGGAAAGGAGGAACGCGAGGAACAAAUGUCAAAUAAAAUUAAAAUAGAAGCUAUGAAAAUGUGUCGUGUUAUGAAGGUGUUACAAGAAUAUAUAAAUGAAUGUGACACUGCAUUUCCAGAAGAACGAAAAAUAUUGCCAUUGCAUAGAGCAGCUCGUGGGAAGCAUCUAUCUUUUAUACUUCGUUUUGCAAAUCCUGCAAAUCGUAGUGUAGACGACAUAGAUAUAUUCACGCAUACUAACGACACUUUGGGCUCGUUAAGGCGAAAAAUAUUGCGCAAAAUUAAAGCGAACGAAUCAAAUGUAAAAGUCGACUUAUUUCUUAAUGGAGAGACCUUGGAGCCUGCAGAUGACAGAAAACUUCUUUCUCAACCACCGUUCAGGGAUAAAAUGUUGUUAUCUGCAAAAUUCAGCCAAGUAAACAGCAACAUACCAAGUUCACCAGAUAGUAGUUCAGAUAGUUCCGCUAGUUCUCCACAUCAUCAGUAUGAUGGGCCAAAUGUAGAAGCAGAAAAUAACCUACCGGGUGUGGUUAUGUCCCAAAGAUCGCAGUAUGCUACGUUUUUCUUUCAAUUGGCAGAUCUUGGAUGUACUCUUCAACACGCGCAAUUACGCGACGGUGCACGAAACCUUCUACAAUUGGUGCCACCAGAUACUCUUACCGUAUCACGGUUACAGUGGUUAUUUGGUCAUUGUAAAGAUGGCGAUAAUAUAGAUAAUGCUCUUUGUAAUGAUCAGAACACUACAGUAGAUGCUUUAUUUUUUACUGCAAGUCCUAGCCAAGUUUUAUACAAUUUAGAGGUUUUAUAUAGUUUGUUAAUGCCAGCAUUAGAUCCAAUGUCAGAGAGAGUAUUUGAGUUUCAGUGCAAUUUCAUCAAGAGCGGCGAGGCUGGUGUUAUUCUCGACAUGUUAACUAAAAAUAAAUUUUUACCGAAUGCGGAUGAAACUACGAAACGGGCAGCGUAUCUGACCGUGUUAAAAUUAUGCAAACUUUUACUGACGAUAAUAGGUAACGUGAUGGCCUGUGUAAUGGACGAAGUGCAGCAAGCCGGAAACUCUGAGAAUCAUGAUAACCAUACUCACAAUAAUAGAGGUCCGGUGGCAGUUUUGAAACAGGCAUUGCAAAGUGUACCCAAUCAAAACACGGAAUUUACGUUAAGGAACGUGGCAGCAAAGCUAGCCCAACAUUUAGCGCGUCAAAUGUUAUGUGUAGGAACGGAAUCGGACAAAUGUCGGCAGCUUUUUAUGCAGGCCCUAUCCUGGGAGCUACCUAACGUAGCUACCAUUCGUGCCAUAAUUAGGCUAGCAUGGGCGGCGUCCACGGGUAAUUUGAACAACAUAAACGCAUCAGCCGAGAUGCUACACACGCUUCACGAAACGAAAGAGAAGGAAACAUCAAAUAACCCGGACAAUAAUGACGUACUAGUAUGUAAGGAGGCAUUGGAAAUUCUGACAAUCGCCUUGGUAUUGAAUCCAACUGCAUUAGAAUCAUUAUCAAGGGACAACACGUGGCACACGUUUUUGAUAGAUCUCGUACUCUUGAGUACGUCAAGGGUGGUUCGAAUGGCCGCGGCUGAACAGUUUUUUUUUAUAUCGACGUGGUACAGCAGUGGUCAUCAGCCAUUGCUAUUUGCGAUAACGUUACUUUUCAAUGUUUUGAACACCACCGUUAUGGAACACGCGAAACAGAGCCACGAGUACUUCCAGCUUUUGUGUAGAUUAUUGAAUUAUGCACACAUGUCUGGAUGUCCUCUUUUGACGGCCGACUCAUUGCUGAAUAUCGAGAUAGCCUGGUUGAAGAAAGUACGGGACAACGUUAAAGAAACUGGAGAAAGUCAAGUCGACGAAGCUGUCCUCGAAGGUCAUCUUGGUCUUACUAAAGAACUGUUGGCUUUUUUACCUCCCAGUAAAAAAUACGAGCUUGGUUCCGACGAGAAACACGGGGCUAAUUUAAUCAAAGAGCUGGUCGAAGAUUUUGUAUUCCCUGCAUCGCGUCUUAUGCUGCAACUUCGUAGCACUGGAGAGCUAAGCGCCUCGCAAGCGAGUCCAGUAUGCACGACUCCACAAUCUACUAGCGCGGCAUUUGAUUUACUUGUAGGUCUUUGUGUAGGCUGUGUACCUAACAUGAAACUUCUAGUCACAAUGCUCACUGAUAUGUUCUACUCUGAGAGGGACGAACCGCUAGUGGAAUGGGAUUAUUUACCACCGGUUGGGCUUAGGCCGUUAAAAGGUUUUGUAGGCCUGAAGAAUGCAGGCGCAACUUGCUACAUGAACUCAGUAUUACAACAAUUGUACAUGGUUGAAAGUAUAAGAAUCGGAUUGCUGGCUGCAGAGGGAGCAGCGACCGACUUAAACGAAGAUUUUUCUGGCGAGGAGAGAAUCGAGGGAGAACAAACGAUAGAAGCAAACGAUAACGACACGAACGAAGAAAAAUGCGGAGCCGAUGAAUCUAGAAAAGAAUACAAUAUUGGCAUUUUGAAACAAGUGCAAGCUAUCUUUGGUCAUUUAGCUUAUAGCAAAUUGCAAUAUUAUAUACCCAGAGGACUUUGGAAACAUUUUAAACUUCAAGGUGAACCUGUAAAUCUUAGAGAGCAGCAGGAUGCAGUAGAAUUUUUCAUGAGCUUGGUGGAAAGCUUAGAUGAGGCUUUAAAAGCUCUAGGUCAUGAACAAAUAAUGAGCAAAAUUCUCGGUGGUUCAUAUAGUGACCAGAAAAUCUGCAAAGGUUGCCCUCAUAGAUAUUCCAAGGAAGAACCGUUCAGUUUGAUAAGCGUGGAUAUCAGAAAUCAUAGUAAUUUACUGGAAUCUCUUGAACAAUACGUGAAAGGAGAAUUAUUGGAAGGUGCAGACGCUUAUCAUUGCGACAAAUGUAAUAAAAAGGUUGUGACCGUAAAACGGUUAUGUGUAAAGAAGUUGCCACCUGUUUUAGCGAUACAAUUAAAAAGAUUCGAAUACGAUUAUGAAAGAGUUUGUGCUAUAAAAUUUAAUGAUUAUUUUGAAUUCCCAAGAGAUUUGGAUAUGGAACCUUAUACUGUUUCUGGACUUGCUAAAUUGGAGGGAGAAGUUAUAGACUGUGAUUACGAAGAAUUAGUGAAAGGAACGUGUACUAAAUAUCAGUUAACUGGCAUUGUAGUGCACAGUGGUCAAGCUAGCGGUGGUCAUUACUAUUCUUAUAUUUUGCAUAGGCAAAGCGACGGUGUCGCUAAAUGGUACAAGUUCGAUGAUGGCGAUGUUACAGAAUGUAAAAUGGAAGAAGAGGAAGAAAUGAAGUCUCAGUGUUUCGGCGGAGAUUAUAUAGGAGAAGUAUUUGAUCACAUGCUGAAACGGAUGAGUUAUCGCAAACAGAAACGAUGGUGGAACGCUUAUAUGUUGUUUUAUACCAGAUUAGAUGUAGAAGAAAAUUCGUUAAUGAAAAGUGUUAAUGAAUUAUCAUUGUAUACGAAACUAGGAGUUAUGAAAAUGCCUCCAGCUAUCGAGUACAGUGUCAGAAAGCAAAAUAUAAAGUUUAUGCAUAAUCGAAAUCAGUUUAGCGCAGAAUACUUUCAGUUUAUCAAGAAACUUGUAUCUUGUAAUUCUCAUAACAUUAACAAACAAAAUAUGAACGAAAAACUUAGCCCGGAGCAAGAAGAACUCGCAAUGCUCUCUGUGCAAUUGUCGUCGAGAUUUCUAUUCUACACGGGAUUCCAUACUAAAAAGACAUUGCGUGGUAACGCAACCGACUGGUAUGAUAUCGUGUGUCAUCAUUUGCGCAGUAGUAAAUCAGUACGGUCCUGGUUUGCUCAUAACGUGUUAUUUAAUCAUCCACAUAGAUUUUGCGAGUACCUUUUGAGCUGUCCCAGUACUGAAGUUCGAACAGCUUUUCUCAAAAUUUUGGUAUUUCUUGCACACGUUUCCCUGCAGGAUGGCCCAUGCGUGCCGCCUAGUUUAAACGCACCAACCAUACUCUUGGAUCCAACUGCCACGCUUAGUGAUCAUUUGUUGCACGCAGUUCUUUCUUUACUUCAUCGUGAAAUCUCAGAUCAUGGCCGUCAUCUGUCACAUUAUUUCUCUGUGUUUCACACAUAUGCAUCGCUUGGUCUUGCCGAAAAGGCUCAGUUGCUUAAGUUAAAUGUUCCGGUUACGUUUAUGUUGGUCGCAAUUGACGAAGGACCUGGCCCUACAAUAAAGUACCACUAUCCCGAGCUAACUAAAUUGCAUCAAGUAGUUAGUAUGCUGAUACGUUGUUGUGACGUAUCAUCGAAAGCACAUUCGAGUCAUGCACAGUCAGGAGUAGCGCCUUUACCAAAUCCAUAUGGUGACCCAGCAUGUCAGAAUGAAUAUCUGAUGCCUAUUCAGCCGCAGGCAGCAGAUAUUCUUUUUGUUAAAAACAGUUACAUGAAGAAACUGAUCGAAGACGCUGACGUUAACGUUACCGAAGACAUAGUAAAAUUAUUACAAUAUUGUUGUUGGGAAAAUCCACAGUUGUCACGAACAGUUCUCAGUGAAUUAUUAUGGCAAAUUGGAUAUGCCUUUACGCACGAGUUGAAACAUCAUACGGAUUUACUACUCGCCAUGCUUCUAAUGGAAGAUUCAUGGCAGACGCAUCGUAUUCACAAUGCACUUAAAGGCGUCCCAGAAGAGAGAGAAGGUUUAUUCGACAUAAUACAGAGAAGUAAACAUCAUUAUCAAAAGAGAGCUUAUCAGUGCAUUAAAUGCAUGGUGCAGUUGUUCAACAAGUGUAGACUUGCGCAUGAACUUUUGCAUCACAGUCCUGAAUUAAAGAGAAAAUGGAUACAUGCUAUCGAGUGGCUUCACGAAGAACUCAAGAGACCAUAUGCAUCCGCGGCUCCAUUUGCUUCGCCCUACAGUAACUGGUCCCCACCGGCACAGUCUAACGAUUCUACGAAUGGAUAUAUUUUGGAGCGUAGUAACAGCGCGAAGAAAACAUUGGAGAGAGCAUACGAGCUUUAUCCAGACGAGGAACACGAAAUGGAAGAAGACACGACCGAAGAUUGCGCGGAAGAAGCUGUAAAAUAUCAGUCACGCAGACGAGUAACACGUGGUUUUAUAUUUGGACCUGAUGAUUAUCCUGACGUAACUCUGUUACAACAAGCGCAAGAGGAACGACAAGCUAGAACUCAGCCUAGACCGUCUCCGGUUCAUAGCCCUCUGUUCACCCAGGUCACGUUCUUUCCGCAAGCUCCUAACUUAGAUAGUCCACAGAACUGUGAGUCAUCGCAAAAUACCAGCCAGGAUCCAUAAUGAACGCUACAUAUUAACGUUCGACCAAGUUGCUGUCCCGGUGAAAACGUUUCAGAGUUUGUCGAUAUUACUGCGUCAGCAGCUUGGCGUCGAACGAUAGAGACAUCUGUACAGAUAAAACUCGCAGAUUUGUUCUUUUUUUUUUUUGCAACUGGUAUACACGAACUUGCAUUUUCAAUCUGCCAGUUUUACCGUGGACAGUUACUUUCAUAAGUGAUACGAGUGGUAUAGCCAUUUGCGCCAUUCAGGAAAAAAAGAACGAUGUUUAAAACAACAGGCGAUUACUAAAUAAGAACAGAAUUUUUAUGUAUUGAUUGAGGCAAGCAAUUCUCAUCGUGGUUUUUUCUUACUCCUAACGCUCGUGCAUCCUUCGUUUUAUUAUUAUUAAUGUUGUUAUUAUUAUUAUUAUUAUUAUUAUUAUUAUUAUUAUUAUUAUUUCCUUUCGCAUCUAUAUAAUUAUUUGAGCUUUCGAAUUUAAUAGAGGGACGUUUUGGUAGGAAGAAAAUCCUCCGAAGAGAUUUGACGGAACGCAAUGAAUUCAGCGAUUUAGCUAAGAAUUUUAUUUGCCUCGAUCGAUGCGUAUAAAUUUGAGUGUAAGAAUACGAUAAGAUUGUAAAAAUGUAUAGCGAAUAGUGUUAUGGAAUCCCGUCUCUGUCGAAUGGAAAACAAAGGUAUAAAAAGAAAAAGAACAUAACCUCCGUAUGUCUAUGUAAAUUUGUUACUAAUAAAAAGUUAAAAAAUGAAACUUUCUAACGACCGAAAGAUAAGGCUAUAAACGAAAAAAAAAAUAAUAAAGCAGCUUCAGAUUUAAUCGGAAUAGACGUAAUUAAAGAUUUACAAAAAGAGGAAGAAAAUUAUGCAUCUACGAAUAUUUGACUAUUUUAGUCUUUCGAGACGAAUCAAACGGAAACAAAUUUUUUUCUUGUACUUAAUGUCGAGCAUCAAAACGAAAAAGAAAGAAAGAAAGAAAAAGUAGAAAAAAUCACUUCUCUAUGCAGUGGUUUGAGCUGCUUAAGAAUAUAACAUACACCAAUGAUGCCUCCCAUUGUGCUUUCUUUUAGUUCAUCCAAUUUGAAGAAAAAAAAGAGUUGUGCCUUCGAUAUUGUGCGACUCCGUUUAUAUUUUUACGUAGAUAUUUAAGAAUCGAGUUAUUGCUUCGAAUUCGAUCGUUUAUGUCUUUUUGUCUGUUACGUAUUGAUUAUUCGUGCAGAAAUUGUAAGCAAGAAUUUGAUGGCGCUACGCGAGAUUCAAUCACGCGGUGCAAAACAAUUGUACGAAUAGAAUUACAAGCUUGCUAACGACAGGAUAUUUCUAAUUUCGAUCGUAGCAACGGAUACGAAGUGUGACAGACACGAAGUCGGUCUUUAGUCUUUUGUGUUUGAUUGUCGAGUAAUUAAGGAGUCGCGGUGCCGCGAGAAAGAAAAUAAGCCUUGUUCGAAGUCCAAAUUUUUACAAAAAAGGAAUUGAAGAAAGCGUGACGGUAGCGACACAAAAGGGUAUGGAAGCAAAAAUAAUAAACACUAAUUUGUAUCGUUCUAAGGUACGAUUCAUCGUUGAAAUAAAAAGGGCUGUGGUCUUUUCGCGCUCAUUGUGUAAAGCAAUUCAUACAUAAUUUUCAGUGUCGGUAAGAAAGGAACUAUUUUUAUUAGUUAUACCGCUCAUGCUACGAAUAUAAACGAAGAUACAGGAGGAUUAACGAACAGCAAACCGAACGAUCCUUUCCACUUUUUUAAUUUAUGAACUGGCCAUAGCUCUUGAUUUAUUAAAUAACAUGUGUUAUAUAUAUAGAUAUUAUAUAAAUAAUACUAAAGAGAGGAGUAAAGAGAGAAAUAAAAAGUCACGUAAAUAAUGGAGGGUGCGAAGCGAACCGUGUGUGUAUACAUAUAGGAAUUCGUGCGAAAAAUGAAGAAAACAAAAAAAACAAAAAUGAGAAAAACCAACGACUAUGUCAAGACACCAGGAAGUAAACGACAUAUUGAUUAUUGUUCGUAUUUAUCAAAUAUCCACGUUAAACAGUGUACCAAAUUAUAUAAUAGCUACUCUAUCGAUUAAAAUAAUAAUAAUAUUAAUAAUAAUAAUAAUAAUAUUAAUAAUAAUAAUAAUGGUACCUAAUCUUACUCAGACAUGUACAUAUGCAACUGCUUUUUAUAUGUGAUAAAAAAAAACGUUAUUAUAUUCCUAUUAUACAUUGAGGUUAGUAAACGCUAUUGUAAAUCCUGGUUUUUUGUACACAGACUGUAUGCUAAGUUCUAAUUCUUUUGUUAACGGAAGAGAAUUGUAGUCUAUAAUUAUUUAAUAAUUUAAUUAUAUCGGUAAAAAAGUAAGCGUAAAACACGUCUUGUAUGAUAUAUAUUAUGAACAAUUUGAAUAUUUUCAACAAAUCAGAAUCACGUUUUAACCCAUUAAUUCCCAGAGCUCGACAAAUAUAUUAUUUUCAAGAUAGUACUCUCUAAUAUAGGCCAGAACACGUGCAAGCGGGUAAUUAACACGCAGACCUGUAUAGGGUUUAUAGCGAACAAAUAACGUUCAAAUUUGUUCCAUCUAUAAGCGAUUAUCAUUUUGCAGCUCUGUUAAGAAAAUUACCGUUCACGCAAUAUCGCGUGUACGAUCUCUAAAACUCGAUCAUACGAAAUCGUGUUUAUUCCAGUUUUCUAAUCACGCGGUAUCGCGUGUACUAUAAAUUUUAAAUCACGCGAUAUCGCGUGCAUCCUCGAUGUUGCGGCACGUAAAGACGGACUCCGCUCCCUUGGUCCGACCGUGUUGAAACAAAUAAAGUAUUUAUGAUAUUAAAUAAUUAACAAGAAAGAGAAAUUUAUAAUUAUAAAAAACAUAGCAAUUUUGGGUAUUAAUGGGUUAAGUGGUCGAACCUCGAAUGUUUUGUGUCAUGUAUCUGAUUACUAUAGUGUUCGUCUAUUAUUAUUAUUUUCCUCUGUUCUUUUUUCUCAUUUCUUAUUAUUUCGUUUUUUCUUUCGAACGACCGAUGAUGAUGGAAGGUAUAUAGAAGAGGACACGAAAUGUCACACAGCCAGGCACAUGGUUCUAACUCAACGAUAUAAAAAGAAAAAAAAAAAACUAUUGUUCGAAUAAUCGUGAUUUCAUCGAACUUGUCGCGUGCACUACUUUUACCAAUUAUUAUUAUCACGAAUAUGUGUGCUAAGAAGUGACGGAUCCACGAGAGUCGAUCAACAUCCGCAGCCAUCUUCAUUGCGGCGGUAAUUGCGAAAUUUAAACGCGCUCGAUUUUUGUAAUAAACGAACAAAAAAUAUCGAUAAAGUGUCUCUUUUUGCGAAGAGCAUUAGAAAAAAAAAAAAUAAAAUAAAAAGAACAACGACAAAUCGAAACCAAAAGAAAAAGCAAGAAAUUUUUAAACGUUGAAAGCGAUUGAUACGUUUAAGGGGGUAUUCUAGUGUAGACCCCGAUACGAUCUUGCAGAAUUAAAUUCAAGAGAUUAUUAAACGUAGCAAGUUUUGCAUGUAUAUUUAUAUAUAUAUAUAUUUAAAGUAAUACUACAAAUUUUUAUAAAAUAUUGUAUUAAAAAUUGUAAGAGUUACAAAAGUGUGCGAUAAAUUUAAUAUCGUUUUGUGAUAAAUGACUUUAAAGUCUAUCGUUUGUUUUCUGGUUGGAAUAAUUUAUUUUUCAUUAGUUUCGAACAUUUUGAUGUAUAGAUAUCUUUGAAACUUGUGCAAGAGAAAAUAAAUUAGAGGAAGAUAUCUCGAAAACUGAAAUCUGUUUAGUUCUUUCACGAGAUUUUACGGUGACAUGUUAGAAACACAGUUUCGAGAUUCUGAGAAAUUACAAAAUGGGGAAAUUUUUGAUCGGUUGUACUAGAAUACCCUCUUGAUCGAGAAGCAUCACGAAUCAAAAUCAAAGGCAAUCGCAUGCGAGGAAGAAAACAAAAGGGUACUACAGCUGUACAGUUUAUAUAGAGAAACGAUGCGAGAAAUUAGGGGAAAAGAGAAGAAAUAUAUAAUAUAAUUCGAAUCUUUCGCGAUGAACUUUCUCGAAAUGUGAAAAAGAAAAAAGAGUCUCCCUCGUCGAUGUUCGUUUAGUUUUUAGUUGUAAACGGUAAUUUUAUGUACUAACUCGAUCGACGCUCUAGUCAGUAAAAUUAAAUAAAGGAGAUUAACGAACCUCGUUCGAUUCAGUAGUGUAUCUCUCGACAGUUCUCUCUCUUUCUCUCUCUCUUUUUUUAUUUAAAAUGUCGCUCGUUCUUUUAAAUUUUUUGCCAAGAUCUCGUAAGAUCAGUAACUAAAGUCACAGCUUAACUGUUUUUUUAUUUCAGAAAUUUCGGAAUCUGAUAAUUCGGAAAUUUAUAAAAUCGAGGCUGAGCCUCGUCAGAAAGUAGAUAAUAAAAUUACUCGAUAAAUUGUAAUUCGCUCAGGGUAGUUUUACAUUGUUGAAAUUUGAUUCGUUCAAAAAGUUGAACAUACAUUUCGUCCGAAGUUUUGCAAUGAAUUUUAGCGAUAUUACCCUUGUCGUCGUUUUUACUUCGAUGUUCCGACGUAAUCUUGACCUUUUCGUACAGAUAUUUCAUUUUUUUGCUAUCAAAUCACUUUUAGAUUAAAAUCGCCGGAUAAAAAAUUUACUUUUUUCGUGGAACCUUGAAUUUUACGAUUACUCACUGAUUAAUUAACCGAUUGUAAUACUAUGUCGCAAUUUUUUUACAAAGAUUAGUGAGAUUGCUGAUCUAAAUCGAUUCGGUCUGACAUACUUCUUCCUAACACAAACUGAAAAAUAUUUCAGAAUAUUGUUUUAUAACACGAUAUAUAAAAAGUGAUGACGAAAAGCGAUUUUAAAAAAUGAAAUUGGUGCAUCUAGCAGCGUACAACUAUCGCAAAAGAAGGUACAGCGUAGUCUCGAAGUUUGCGUCUUGCUACGCACGUCUGUUUCUACUGCGGCGACAAACUCUAUGCAAAGGAUCGGCUUCCCUUUAUAUUCGAUCGAUGAAAUCGACGUUGAAAUGACGAAAUAACUAUGAUCGUACUGGAACUUAGUUCUUAGAUAAGAGGCAGUUAUGUAAAGUUGAAAGAAACGAUGGCUCGAUGACUGGAAAAAUUUUCUGUCCACCACUCGUUCAACGAAUGUCCGAACAUGAUAAACGAAAAAACGGUCGUGCGAUUAAAAAUUUCGCCAGACAUGUCUGUAAGUUGUCGAUAUCGAGCCAAUCGGAUUUUCUAGCUGGCGGAUUCAAAAAAUGUAAAAAGUGCGUAUCUGCGUUGUCCGACAAACGAUUUCGUUUUUUUUCUCUUUCUUCUGCCGCUCACGAGUUUUCUUUGCGUAAUUGAAUUGUUUACGAUUUUUUUUAUAAUUACACGUGCACCGUUUCGCAAAGUUCAAGAGCGAGAGCAAGAGAGACAAGACACUUUUUUGCAACGAGACUCUGCAACUACUCUUAUCGGGUGAUACGAGUUCAACAGACAGUGCGACGACCAUAAUUGCGUUCAAUUUACAAGAAUGUUACAUUUCUAAUUACUUCUUUUUUUAUUCAGAAAACUGUUAGGUUGGUGCAUAGGCUUUCGAAACAUCGAAACUGAUGUAAUUUGAUGACAUGAAAGUGUCAUGAAAUGGUAUUUGUGAUAUGUCGAUUUGUGACUUAACGAAGUUGACUACAUAAGCUUCUCAUAAAUUUUUUUAAUAGGAAUCGGCUGAUUAUCAGAAAGCUGUAUAAUACGCAAAGGGAUUAUAAAGAGAUUAGUAGUUUUAUAUUAGAUAUACUAUCGAAUUUACAAGCCUUUUCGUUAAGCCUCAAAUUGAUGUAUCAUAAGCGGUACAUUAUGUCAUCAAAUUACAUUACAAAUAUUCUGAAAUCGUUGUACAACUGGCGCCAUUUGAUAUUCAUCAAACCACGCAGGUACUUUCGCUGAAUUCUAAGCUCUAAGCUAACAUGUCAUAAGUGGUUCGAUACUUUGAUGUUAUCUUCGAAAUCCGACGCGUCAAUCUAAUAUGUGAUCUCGUUAAAAAGUACGAAACAAUUCGACAGAAUACGAUACUCGUUCAACGCUGUCCUAUAUUAGGACGAAGCCAAAGAAGAUUUUUCGAGUACGGUGGACUCGAGGGCAGUCCGUUCGUCAGCGCACUAAAAUCGCUUUCGUGUCGAAUCGAGAUAAAUCGGUGUGCGACGACACCCUUGAACCCACGGUGUAGAAACCAGCCUUUUCGUCAUUCAUCCGUUCGAAGCGUGAAACGAUUGCGAAUAGAUUCGACGACGAUACCGAUCUGUUGAGUCAAUCGUCUCUCGGUUAUCAAUUACAACAGAAGUCUGCGAACUUCGAACUUCUCGGCCUCCGUGCAAACAAUCCGGUUCGUUUACACAGACGAACUUUACGUUUCGAACGCGAGACUAUUACGCACGAAACGGAAGCUUAUGGUAGUCACCAUUUCGCACACUUUUUAUGGUUACGUAGCUCACUAUCGUACUGUUACAUAUUCGUGCGAACGACGUAGGACACAGGAUACCUCAUAUAUCACGUAUUAGACAUUCAUGUUUACAAAUUUACAAAGUUUGUGAAUUCUUCGAUUUACGAACUUCCAAAAUUUACAAAUUCCUAAAUUUAGAAAUCUUUCCUGUUACCAAAUUGAUCGCUAAGAUCUCCUAGUCUCCAAAUUUCUGAAUCUACAAAUUUUCAAUUCCCUAAAUCCCUAUAUCCCCAAAUUCUUAACUCCUCGAAUCUAGAUUCGAGACUCCUCCAGAUUUCUAAAUCUCGAAAUUCCCAGAUCGAUUUCCUAAAUUAAACCUGGAAACUCGCGAAUAUUCAGAAGGCAGUGUGCCUAUCGAAACGUUGACACUGUUACCGAAUCUAAGUAGCCCAGCCCAUAGGGAAAAUAGCUAGGGGAAUGGGCGUAAGAAAGAGAAAGAGAGAGGACGCCAUUAAGCGUAAUCGAAUAACGUUUUAAAGAGAAAUGCAUCGAAGCUGACCGAUCACGUGGUUCCACGAUAACGUUGGUUUUCUAAUCGGCGCAUUUACGAGAGCAUUUUACUUACUCGAAGUCGAAUCGCAAACAAGAGUUAACGGAGUCUGUGAUCCUUCGGAUGCGUUACGAGAAAGGGAAAUAGAAUCGAUGCGCCCUAUUAUUAUAUAUAUUUAUGGUCCCUCGCAGACGUUCAAUGAUAUAAAUAUUAAUUAAGAUUGUAUAUUAUCGAAUCGAUGGCGUUUAUCGAUGGUGUUUCCCUCUAACGGGUCGCAGACUUUCGUACGAUUUGGGGCUCUUACCAUUUUUUUCUUUUUUCUUUCGAACGACACUAUUCACCUCGUGCGUCUCCGACGUGAAAAGCUUCGUCGCCCCUGACAAUUUUUUCUGUAUUAUUUCUAACAGAAAUGUAAUAAAGUACGAUUUAAACGGAA